AUGGCGAGCAGUGAGCCUCCUGAAGAUCCAGCGGUUCCAGCCGCUUCUCCCGGUUCAGCCGGCUCAGCCGGUCCAGCCCAGGAGCCGUCACCUACUUCUUCUCCGCCCGCGCAACCACCAGCUGCAGGCGACGCGGGCCAGACUACGGGCUUACUGCCCCCCACCCAUUGGACAGAGCUCGCAGAACAGCAAAAUCUUGACGACGACAACGAUUCCGCAUUCGGAGACACGGCCAGCUCAACAGACUCGAUAACUUCGAGCAUUCUCGAGUACAGAACCAUCCAUGGCCGAACUUACCACAGCGAUCAUGUGGGCGAUAACGCGCAGUACUGGGGCUCCAACGAUGAGAUGCAAAGUGAGGCAAUGGACAUCAACCAUCACUUCCUGAGCCUUUGCUCCGACAACAAGCUCUAUUUCGCUCCGCUGGGUGACAAUGUUCAGAAAGUCCUAGAUAUCGGCACGGGAACAGGACUAUGGGCAAUAGAUUUUGCCGACGACCAUCCCGAGGCAAACGUUAUCGGGACGGAUAUCUCACCGAUCCAGCCCAAAUGGGUGCCUCCUAAUCUGAAGUUCGAGAUUGAGGAUUGCACAUCAGAAUGGACUUUCCACCCCAAUGAGUUCGAUUACAUCCAUAUGCGCUACCUCGUCGGCAGCAUCGUCGACUGGACCGCGUUAUUCAAAGAGGCAUACAAUGCGCUGAAACCCGGGGCUUGGCUGGAGAGUUUUGAAGGCUCGCCUCACAUGAUAAGCGACGAUGGAUCGGUCGCCGACAAGUCGGCCAUCUCGCAAUGGGGCAAGUUCUUUGAGGAAGGCGGCAGGACCAUCGGGCGGACGUUUCUGGUCGUCGACCAAGGCAUUCAGAAGAAGGCCAUGGAAGAGGCUGGCUUUAUCGACAUUCAGGAAUGGGAAUUCAAGGCUCCUGUUGGCGGCUGGCCCCGAGACAAGAAAUUGAAGGAGAUCGGUCACUGGGCGCAAACCGCGCUCGAGUCCGAUAUUGAGGGCUAUGUGCUUUUCAUCGCGAACGUCAUUGUUGGCUGGAGCAGGGAGGAAAUCCUAGUGUACAUUGCCCAGCUGAGAAGGGAAAUACGCAACAGCAAGCAUCAUGCAUAUUUCAAGGUGAAGGCGGUCUGGGGCCGCAAACCAGCAUGA